AUGACUAAGCAUAUUAAGACAUAUGCAUCAGACAAGCAGAAGCGCACAACUGAGAAUAUGAAUGUUGCACAGAGAGAAUAUCCAUCAAAACAAGAAAUUUCUAAAAAUACCAAAAAUAUUUUCAUUAACUCGAAUGAUAUUACGUUUUACACGCUAUGCAAGUAUUGCUCAACUCAAAUAGAUAUCAAUGAUGCCAUGUUACAAGAGAAAAUCAAUAACAAAACGAUAUAUUUGAAACAAAUUCUCGAAUAUCUACAAAAUACGGAUUGCUCGAAGAUCUCGGAUAAGUUAUUACAAAUAUUCUUCUUCAUGGUCGAGAAAAAUCUCUUCCAUGAUAACUAUUUCCCCUCAAAUUUGAGUCCAGAUUAUCCAUCUGAGGAAAAGUAUGACAUUUUUUGGGUUCACAACAAACUAAUAUACGCACAGUUGAUGAUCAUCACUGAAAGUUUCCCAGAAUACUUAAAUUUUUCCUUAAUUUACAGAAUAAUUUCAAAUACUUUGUCAAUUGACUCAAGAGAGAGGCAAACAGCUCUUAAAUUCAUCAGAAACAUCUAUGACAAGAAUCUUGAUGUCAGAAGUGAUAUAAAAUCAGCAAUAAUUUCUCAAUUAUCUUUAAUCAACGCUUCAAAGGAGUUUCUUGCAUUCAUUAGGUAUAUAAUUGAAGACUAUUUCAAUGACAAACGAAAUUAUGUCUCAAAAAUCAAAAAAUUGACAAAAAAUCUCAAAAAUGAUUUUAUUGUCAAAAAUGAAGAGAUUGGUCAGGAUUUCUUUAUCGAUUUGUUACUUCCCUUGCAUAAUCAUGAUAAUUAUGAGCUGUUUUCCGGUGAAUUAUUAGAAAUCGAGUUUAUUUUCUUCAAAAAUGACACAAAACUCGUUGAUUACUCGAUAAAAUACAUUUUGAUGCAUUGGCCAAUCACAAACAUCAGGAAACAAGAUGCUUUUCUGCGAGAAAUCUUUGAUCUUUUGCUAAAUUUUCAAAAUGUAAUGAGUAAUCAGGUGAAAAUCGAUUCGUUUGUAAUGGUUUGCAAAUGUAUUGAGUCAUUGAAUGCAAAUAUCGCUAAAACAGCGAUAAAAAUCAUAAUUAAUCCAGAAUUUAAAGGAACUUUAGAGAAAUUGUCAGUAAUUUGUCUUCCUUUGUUGAUAAGUUCGCUCAGAAUCAAUGUUGCAAAGCAUUGGGAUCCUGAAAUCAGAAAAAUCUCCCAAAAAUCGAUAAAUUAUUUGACAAAUCUGGAUCCAGUUGCAUCAAAACGGAAUCCUUAUGAUAAAAAGAAGGAUUCGAGUUAUAAAGAUGAUUGGAAUACAAUAUAUAAAAUCGCAAACAAAAAGAAAUCAAAAAAUACCAAAAAAAUUUGUAAACUUUUGAAUUUUUAA